AUGCCGGGUUCUGAAGAUGAAGCCGGCCCAUCAAGCAUCCCAUCCAUCGCCGACCCCUCCGUUCCUCUGACGGACUCCUACACAUACCACUCUCCCACCCCCACCUCGCCUGGUCCCUACAUCCUCGGAGUCGACGAGGCGGGGCGCGGGCCCGUGCUCGGCCCCAUGGUGUAUGGCGUAGCCUACUGCCCCGUCGCGUACAAGGACGACCUGGAGCAGCUCGGCUUCGCAGACUCCAAAACGCUCACGGCGCAGGUGCGCGAGUCGCUGCUGGGCACCCUGGCGUCGGAUCCGAGCAACCUCGGCUGGUCCGUGCGCGUCCUGAGCCCCAAGGACAUCUCCGCGGGGAUGCUCCGGCGCCCGCCGACGAACCUCAACGUGCAGGCGCGACAGGCCACGGUGCUCCUCAUCCGCGAGGUGCUCGCGCGCGGCAUGCAGCUCUCUGAGGUCUACGUCGACGCGCUCGGGAAGACGGGCCCGUACCAGGCGUACCUCUCCUCGCUCUUCCCGGACAUCGCCUUCACCGUCGAGACCAAGGCGGACAUGAAGUACAAGGUCGUCGGCGCGGCGAGCGUCGCGGCCAAGGUCACGCGCGACGCGUGGAUCGAGGGAUGGGUGUACGAGGAGUGCACGCCGCCGCCGCGGGCGGUCCUGUGGGCGAAGGAGACGGGGAGCGGGUAUCCUUCAGACCCAAAAACGCAGGCGUGGAUCAAGAAGUCGUUGGAUCCGACGUUUGGCUACCCUUCGUUCGUGCGGUUUUCGUGGGCUACAAUCAAGGUCGUGCUUGAGAAGGAUGCGCACGAGGUGGAAUGGAUCGACGACGGGGAUACUGCCCUUCAGAAAGCCUUCCUCAGUGGAACAGGCCGUGACAAGGAUCGUUGUGCGGUCGCGAAGGACCUCUGUCUUUCGAGCGUCGGCGUGUUGUAG